AUGGACAGUGAGCAGGGGCCUCCAGCUUCCACUGCCUCCAGCACCAGUACAACCAGUAGCAGCACUACCACCAGCAGCAGCACGGGAAGGCAGGCUGUGCCUCAGAUCUCUGUGUACAGCGGGAUUCCUGACAGGCAGACGGUUCAGGUAAACUUCAGGGUAAAAAAAACACGCCAGUCCAGUGUGACACACACCCACAUACACGUGUUUUGCAUAAACUGUUUUGUCCAUUUGCAUUCCCUGCAAUAAUGAAAUUGUCAUUGCCGUACUGCCAUCUGCUGGUAAAACCAUGCAUGCACCGUAAAUCGGCCAGUAUUGCACUUCGCUCACUAUGGAAUUUACUUCAUGCUUAUAAUAAACAAGACUAUUACAUUUUAGACGAAAAUGCAAUUAGAUCAUUUUUUCGCAUUGUUUAUUUGAUGUAAUACACUGGCAUCAUGCAAUCGAUCAAUACUGACGACAGCAGAUCAGGGUUGCUAUGGUUCCAAGUUCCAGGCUCUGUCCUCUGCUAUUUGACCUUUGACCGAUGUGAAACUCAGCUUGGAUGAGUCUCUCAGAGUUUAUCCUCCUCUUAAAGGGUGACAGACAGAUCUUAGGUCUCUUCUAACCUUUAUUCUUUCAAAUGCAUGCGCUCAUCUGCCCGUAGCAAGGGAACUAGCAGCAUUGUCACUAUCGGCCUACUUAACAUAGUGCACGGCUGGUCAUUUGGGCUCAAUAAGAGAGAAGUGAAUAGCUGUUCCAUCACCACCCUCUUUGCCCCCUGGAAGCCUAUGUGCUCUGAGUCAAUUCAUCUCUCAUGUUGCCUUGGCAACUAUGCUGAGGUUGUCAGUACAUUUUUGUCAUGAAGAUUGAAGAAAAUAUGUGCUCAGGGCUAUAGGGGUUGGCAUAGGAUGCGAUUAAGUCCAUUACAAUGUGUAGGAGAUGCAGUAGUGAGCCUGUUCUCCCUAGCAUUUCUCAACAGGGGCCAACCACCUUAGGAAUCUCCCAUUACUGCUUUUCGAUGGCUCAGUAAAAACAGUGCAAUUGGGACUUGUUUUUUUCAGAGCAUUACUCCAACCUAGUAACAGUCCUUUUUAGAGCCUGUUGUUGAGAAUGUUACCCCAACCGCUAACCUGUCUCUUUCUCCCUGUGUACUGAAGGUGAUCCAGCAGGCAUUGCACCGGCAGCCCAACACGGCUGCGCAGUACCUGCAGCAGAUGUACGCAGCGCAGCAGCAGCAUCUCAUGCUGCAGACAGCAGCCCUCCAGCAGCAGCACCUGAGCAAUGCACAGCUCCAGAGCCUGGCUGCUGUACAGCAGGUGAGCACUGGAGACACGAGACUGUUAAACUGGGGAAUUAAACAGGCCGCCAACAAGGCUGGGGGCUAGUGUUAGGAUUUUGACAAAGAUGUGAGAUAAGGUCAGUGCUGGGGUUAGGGUUCUGAAAGUUUAGUUGGUAAAUCGAACAAUUAUCUUCAGAUGAAGAGAAAUGUACUGUAAGUGUGGACCCCCAAAUGCUCCUCUAACUGUUCUCUCACCUGUCAUGCCACAGGCCAGUAUUGUGGCAGGAAGGCAGAGCUCCACCCAAAAUGGCACUUCAUCCCAGCAAACAGGAUCAUCCCAGGCCACAGUGAGUGCAGUGAGUCAUGUCUAUUAACUCAGGGGUCGGGUUCAUAGAUGUGUAGUGUUUUUUUGUUGUUGGUGAUGUUCUGUAAUCCUUUCUCUUCUCUGUCCUGUCCCCAGAUUAACCUGACCACGUCCCCGGCUGCAGCCCAGCUGAUCAGCCGAACCCAGAGUGUCAGCUCCGCCCCCGCCGGCAGCAUCUCCCAGCAGGCCGUGCUCCUGGGCAGCACGUCUAGCCCCACCACCCUCACUGCCAGUCAGGCUCAUAUGUACCUGCGUGCCCAGAUGGUAAGUCCCCAGGAGCAUGCCCACUGGCACACACUAGCUGGCUUAGCCACACCUCUGGAGGCUUAGUGUGAUGGAAGUGUUUGUGUGUGCUGUUUGUGUCGCCACUGUUGGAAGGAGUGUAGUAGGAGGGUUGUCCUGCAUCUCAAACUGAAUCAGUUCAGUCUGAUUAGAUCACAUUUUUAAAAGAUAUUUGGACACAUGAUGCAUGGGGAGAGUUAGUGUGAAAGAAAGCGACAGAGAAAAAUCUGAUGCUUACAGUAUUAUUUUUCUGUGCCCAAACCCAUGGAGGAAUUGUCUACAUACAGUUGAAGUCGGAAGUUUACAUACACUUAGGUUGGAGUCAUUAAAACGAGUUUUUCAACCACUCCACAAAUGUAUUGUUAACUAACUAUAGUUUUGGCAAGUCAGUUAGGAAAUCUACUUUGUGCAUGACACAAGUAAUUUUUCCAACAAUUGUUUACAGACAGAUUAUUUCACUUAUAAUUCACUGUAUCACAAUUCCAGUGGGUCAGAAGUUUACAUACACUAUGUUGACUGUGCCUUUAAACAGCUUGGAGAAUUCCAGAAAAUUAUGUCAUGGCUUUAGAAGCUUCUGAUAGGCUAAUUGACAUAAUUUGAGUCAAUUGGAGAUGUACCUGUGGAUGUAUUUCAAGGCCUACCUUCAAACUCAGUGCCUCUUUGUUUGGCAUCAGGGGAAAAUCAAAAGAAAUCAGCCAAGACCUCCACAAAAAAUGGUAGACCUCCACAAAUCUGGUUCGUCCUUGGGAGCAAUUUCCAAAUGCCUGAAGGUACCACGUUCAUCUGUACAAACAAUAGUACACAAGUAUAAAUACCAUGGGACCACGCACCCGUCAUACCGCUCAGGAAGGAGACGCGUUCUGUCUCCUAGAGAUGAACGUACUUUGGUGUGAAAAGUGCAAAUCAAUCCCAGAACAACAGCAAAGGACCUUGUGAAGAUGCUGGAGGAAACAGGUACAAAAGUAUCCUAUAUCGACAUAACCUGAAAGGCCGCACAGCAAGGAAGAAGCCACUGCUCCAAAACCUCCAUAAAAAAGCCAGACUACGGUUGCAAUUGCACAUGGGGACAAAGAUCAUACUUUUUGGAGAAAUGUCCUCUGGUCUGAUGAAACAAAAAUAAAACUGUUUGGCCAUAAUGACCAUUGUUAUCUUUGGAGGAAAAAGGGGGAGGCUUGCAAGCCGAAGAACACCAUCCCAACCAUGAAGCACGGGGGUGGCAGCAUCACGCUGUGGGGGUGCUUUGCUGCAGGAGGGACUGGUGCACUUCACAAAAUAGAUGGCAUCAUAAGGAAGGAAAAUUAUGUGGAUAUAUUGAAGCAACAUCUCAAGACAUCAGUCAGGAAGUUAAAGCUUGGUUGCAAAUGGGUCUUCCAAAUGGACAAUGACCCCAAGCAUACUUCCAAAGUUGUGCCAAAAUGGCUUAAGGACAACAAAGUCAAGGUAUUGGAGUGGCCAUCACAAAGCCCUGACCUCAAUCCUAUAGAACAUUUGUGGACAGAACUGAAAAAGCGUGUGCGAGCAAGGAGGCCUACAAAACUGACUCAGUUACACCAGCUCUGUCAGGAGGAAUGAGCCAAAAUUCACCCAUCUUAUUGUGGGAAGCUUGUGGAAGGCUACCUGAAACGUUGACCCAAGUUAAACAAUUUAAAGGCAAUGUUACCAAAUACUAAUUGAGUAUGUAAACUUCUGACCCACUGGGAAUGUGAUGAAAUAAAUAAAAGCUGAAAUAAAUCAUUCUAUCUACUAUUAUUCUGACACUUCACAUUCUUAAAAUAAAGUGGUGAUCCUAACUGACCUAAGACAGUGCAUUUUGACUAGGAUUAAAUGUCAGGAAUUGUGAAAAACUGAGUUUAAAUGUAUUUGGCUAAGGUGUAUGUAAACUUCCGACUUCAACUGUAUAUGUUGGUGUGUGAUUUUCAGGCACAGCAAAGCAACCUUGUGCAAGUUGCUAGGAGCCUAGGCCGUGCUGUUCCUUUGUCCCCCCAGCUCAUCUUCACACCUACGGCCACAGUGACUGCAGUCCAGUCUGAGAGCUCCACGCAGUCCUCUGGACAACAGUCUGCCUCCUCACAGGUACACUAUUAUUAUCUCAACUCUAUAUGAUAACACCAUACACACAGAGUUGCUGUAGUAACUUGGAACUGCACUAGAUGGCAUAUAAGAUCAACAUAAUGAACCAUAAUUGAUACAGGGGGAUAGCAAAUGCAUUAUGUUUACAGUUAUGCUGUGAUAACUCAUUUAGUUAUCCAAAAAAGUUUAUUUCUCACUAAUUCUGGAGAUGGCCUGUGGGUGGACCCUUGACUGUGGGGCACCCCACCUCUCUUGCCCCAGGCCAUGUGUCAUUGCCUCCAGCACCUGACCUCUGUGUCUUUCCAGGUCCAGAACCUGGCUAUCCGUAGCCAGCAGGGGGCGACCAUGUCCUCCUUUCAAACACACAACCUCCAGGCCCUCAGCCUAAAGCAGACCCCUGUCUCCAUCCAGCCCUCUCCCCUGAUCAAAAACCCCAGCCAGGGGAGCCGGGGCGCUGGAGGGAAGGGCAGCUCGUCCGACGGCCCCUUAGAUGGGAGCAAGAAGGGGGAGAGCAUUGUGACGGAGGUGCGCGCCAUAAACAUGAGUCGCAGCGUCACAGCUGUGAGUGGCCAGCCUCUCAACACUCCAGGUAUGUAUCCAACCCUAACGUUCGCUAGCUUCUACAGACACAGGCUUUUAUAUUAUUUCAUGAAGUUGACACCAUUGCCCGCUUGGAGAUUUAGUCAGGUUUGCUGAAAUGAUGUAUUGUUUUUUGUCCAGCAUCAUUAAAUCCACUGGCUGUUGAGAGAAGGCAUGGUUUUUGCUGUGCUCCGUGAUGUGAUCUAAGAUGUGUUAAAUAAAUUAUAUCCAGCUCAGGGCUCCAGCUAUGCAUUUGGUUUGCUAACUUGCUAGUAGCUAAGUGGCUAGAUGUCAAGAUAAAGCUUCUUGGUUACAGCGGAGACAUUCAAUCCCCUCCUGGAUCAAGAUCCCUGUUGCCUAAAUUGUUUUGUGCGUACAAAAUAAAUAGCGCCCCUUGUGUGCAUUCCUGGUAAUACAGUGUACCUCAGAAUGGUACAGAAAUGGUAUGAAAAUCUGGAUACCGCCCAACCCCUACUCUGUGCCACAGAUGCGUCUUUCUAGACCACUUAUUGUGUGACUGAAAGUCAGCAGCUGGGUGGUUUUGUCACAGAGAAUGGCUGUGUAUAUGCCAGCAGUUGAACAGAAUAACUCUGACUGAGUGUGUAUGUGUGUGAGAGAGUGCGUGUGCUAAGCGCUGCAAGGGUGAACUUUGUGUGUUGUGCCAUACGCCAGACUGGACGGAUUAGCUGAGCGUGCGACUGCACAACUGUGCCUUUGUCUCGCUUUGUUAAAGUAAUGGAUUCUGAUUAAAACGAAAGGAUGGAUGAAUCUGAAAACCUGGCUACAUACACUCAUAAAAUUCAAAUGGGUUGCCAUGGCAGUGACAAUGGGGAACAGACAGGUGUGCCCUGGAGAUGUGAGAAGUAUUUUGUCAGUUCACAGUGGAUUAGACAAGGGGGAGAUGGGCUAGCAGCCGUGGUGGCUGCCCGGCGGACUGGGGUUUAGGGUUGAAUAGGGGCUCCAAUUUAUAGAGCUGGGUGACAUGGACAAAAAUUCAUAUCGCGAUAAAUAGCCUGAAUUGAUGCGAUAAAUUAAACGAUAAAUAGAAUGAUACGUUUAUAACAUGAAUGUGCACCACAUUUGUUUUAAAUUAUCCUUUCAACUACUACUACAAGUUUGAUGGUUGUAGCCAUCAAUUGUGCCACUAACUGUCAACCAUAUUAGCAAACUUAUAUCAUUUCAAAUUUCAAAUGUCUCUAGUAUAGGCUACUUAUCGGAAUGAAUGAUAUCCCUGCGAUAAGUCCCUGCUCUACCAACUUAUUCUAAUGCAAUGGCAUCGACUGUGUCAUUCAUUAUACAUGUUGGUUCUUCAGUGGGAAGUCGGCUAGGCGAACCGAACGAGUGUUCUCGCAUACCCACUUAAAAGACCUGCUUGAAAAAUGAGAAAAAAGCGGCAAUAGUACUGUUUGUCCCUUUUGAGACGCCGUAGCCACUAUACACUUCCUCAAAAUAGUCAGGAUUUAUCUACGGUAACGCAAUAAAUCUGUCAUGAAUUUUGACGUUUUUGACGUUUAGUCGCACAAUUUUACAUCUAACUAAGUUUGGUAUUUCUCAAUGAAAAAAUGUGCAUGAAAACGAGUCGUCUCUUUGUUGAAUGACAACAAAGACUUUAUUGAAGAAUCCCUACUGUUGACCAAUCACCGACAAAGGGGCAUAGACUUCGGCUCCGAACUUCGGCUUGCCUCCAGAAAAAAAAUUGUGCCCGAACAGCCUAAAAAAAAAACUAACCGAAGUCCAAAACAAACAAAAACGUCACAAAAUUUUGUCGUAGUAUAUGCACAAACUCUUCCGAACUGUUUAGGUUCUGAAGCAUGUGGACGCCUUUACUCUGUUAGGCAACAGAAUGUUGUAAUUUUGAAGAAGGUUAGACUUCAAUGAAACACAAGUCCAAUCUACCCCUCAAUAAUAAUAAUAAUAGGCUACAUAACAAAUGUCUAAAGCAGUUUCACUUUCAACAUGGUGUGAGAGAACACAGCACAGGAAUAGGCUUAGUUUAUUGUGUUGCCGUCUAUUUUAGUACAGAGUAGUAAUUGAGCCAUUGGAGAGAAGAAGAGAGCAGAUCUUGUGGGAGCAGCAGUGUGUCUGCUAUUCCUACCACAGACAGGGGCUCGUUUUCCCUUGAAUAGGGAUUGGCUGGAAGCAGCUGUUCCGUUCAUUGUGUACUUUAGUCUUUUCAUCAGCACCUCCUUGGCAGACAGAAGUCUUCCCAGCACCCUACUACACCCACAGAACAGCACCGCAUCAAACCCCACAAAGACCACCUUGAAGACUAACAGUCUGGUUAUAUGCCCCUGCUAAUUGCACUGUGGUUUUCCGUUUUGUCAAAAAAAAUCCAGCCCUAGCGUCAAGUCUUCUCUUCAGUCGUCUUUGUGAUUUGAAGCAUAGCUUUAAGUUGGUUUUAGCUAAGCAUCCGUUUAUGUUUGGACUGAGUGUAUUAUUAUACCUGAAAGGAUCUCCCCAUUCUCUGUUAAUUCACCAAGCCCUUGAGUGCUUCCAUGUACCCAUACAUAGUAUCUCCAUUGCUUACUCCUUUAACAAGCACUUAAAACACAAUUAGUAGAGAUAUGUUUGACAUGUACUCAGUUUAUUAGGUACAUCACCCCGUUCACGAAAAUGGUUCAGUCCUACAGACAGUGAGUCAUGUGGCCGUGGCUUGCUAUAUAAAGCAGGCAGACAGGCAUUGUGGCAUUCAGUUACUGUUCGAUUGAACGUUAGAAUAGGUAAAACAACUGACCUAAGUGACUUUGAGCGUGGUAUGAUCGUCGGUGCCAGGCGUGCCGGUUACAGUAUCUCAGAAACAGCCGGCCUCCUGGGCUUUUCAAGCACAAUAUUGUCUAGGGUUUACCGAGAAUGGUGCGACAAACAAAAAACAUCCAAUCAGUGGCAGUCCUGUGACCGAAAACAGCUCGUUGAUGAGAGAGGUCAAAGGAGAAUGGCAAGAAUCAUGCAAGCAAACAGGGAGGCCACAAAUAGGCAAAGUACAACAGUGGUGUGCAGAACGGCAUCUCGGAGCGCACAACUCAACGGUCCUUGUCACGGAUGGGCUAUUGCAGCAGACGACCACACCGAGUUCCACUUCUAUCAGAUAAAAACAAGAAAAGUGGCUCCAUUGGGCAAGAGAUCACCAACACUGGACAAUUGAGGAGUGGAAAAACAUUGCCUGGUCCGACGAAUCCCGGUUCCUGUUGCGUCAUGCUGAUGGCAGUCAGGAUUCAGCAUAAGCAGCAUGAGUCCAUGGCCCCAUCCUGCCUGGUGUCAACGGUACAGGCUGGUGGCGGUGGUGUAAUGGUGUGGGGAAUGUUUUCCUGGCACACGUUAGGUCCCUUGAUACCAAUUGAGCAACGUUUGAACGCCACAGCGUAUCUGAACAUUGUUGCUGGCCAGGUGCAUCCCUUCAUGGUAACAGGGGGUUCCGACCCAGUACUAGAUGGGUGUACCUAAUAAGCUGGCCAAUGAGUAGUUUUUCUCAAGCUGGGUUAAGACGUGUGUAAAGUGAGUUACACUGACGUGUGGGUGAUGUUUCUAAACUAAAGCAGCAGCAGUCGAUUGCAGAAACCCAGGGAUUUUCCAAGGUCUGCUGUUGAAACAUUUCCUCUAGACAUCCUGAAACAACACACAGGCAUGGGGGAGUGGUAGCGUAGUGGGUCCAUAGGGGGGGGGUGUGGGGGCCUGAGUCAUUCCACUCCUUAAUCCCAAGGCCUUGAGGGAGAAAAAGGCAUUUAAAUGAAUCCCCCUUCCUCUCCUUCCAAGACAUUUCUCUGUUACUCAUUAAAAUGCUUGAGAAAGCUGUCAAGCAGGAUUCUGAGUGCUGUUUCUUGUAUCCGGUGAGCAGUGGUUGGGAAAUCCACUCAUCUAUUCACACAAGGGCUAGGCCUAUUUUCUGAAUUGAAAGCCAUUAUUAUACAGCCUCUGUUUUCUAUUUAUCCUUAAUGAGGGCUGGGUGGUAGGUAGAACUUUACUGUGUUAUCAUGUAAUUGAGAGUAUCCGUCCAGGGCUUUUAUCAUAAUACUUUCUGAAAGAUGUGUCGGUCUUCACCCUGUACUUAGUGAAACCAUAGCUAACCACAUGCUGUGGGUUACAUAGAGUUUUGUCACGUGAAAAUCAAACACUUUCCAGCAGAUCCUGUGGUAUAAUGACUAAUGACAUGCAAUUCUGCCGGAUGGAAACGUCUAUUUUUUUCACUGCAGGGUAGAGACUGUGGUUACAGAGAAACAUUCAUACCAGAGGUAGCCUAUCCUGCACAAAAGAUACGGAUAAGGGUGGGGACCCUUAUAUCUUUGGCAUCAAUCUGUAAUCAAAAGAGAUCCACAAAGGUUAAAGAUAGACACUUUCAGUUUACUAAAAUCAUGAAGCUACUGUAAAACCCUAGGGCUUACUCCUGAGACAAACAGGUUAACAGCUCCUAGGAGAGAUGAUGCAUGACAACCCUUUCUCUAUAUUUCAGUAAUGAUGAGGGCCAGAUCCAACCUCAUUGUUUCCUAGGGAAAAUUGUUUAGGCAACUGAAGGCUUGGGGGAUUGAUUCACAGAUGACUACAUACAGCAUGUCAUAGAUCAUUGGCUUUUUAUUGCCCUGAUGCUUUCCUCCUGCAUAUGUCUGGCCCAGGGUGGCAGGUAGCCUAGCGGUUAAGAGCGUUGAGCCUGUAACCGAAAGGUCGCUAGUUCGAUUCACCCUUGGCAAGGCACUUAACCCUAAUUGCUCCUUUAAAUCCCUCUGGAUAAGAGCGUCUGCUAAAUGACUUCUUUUUUUAUUAUAUUGCCCUCUUGCUUUCCUCAUGCACAUGUCUGGCCCGGGGCUACUCUGACUAUUGGUGUGUAGAGUACUUUUCACUAAAGCACAGUACAAUACAUGAUUGGUUCUGGGAAUAUAUGGGCUCUGGUUGUCAUUUUGUCAGCAAAAGCCCUGUCAGCUGAUGAUAGACCCUUUGGAGACAUUAGUGACUGGUCAAAACCUUGACAACGGUUUAGGGCAAGUCUGUCUUGUGCUUUUCAACAAGGUUUUGAUGUUACAUUUUGUCAACAAUAGGUAUACUGGCAAAGGAGAGUAUAGAAACAAACAUUAUUUUACAGAGUUCCACUCUUCCAUUCUUUUUUGAGUUAGGGUAGAGUCCAUUUUCCUUUUGUGUACAGACUUAACUGUCAGAUUUGUUUUAUGUAUACGAUUUCUCGAUUUCUGUUACAGCAUACACCCAGAUCCAGCCCCACUCCCUGGUCCAGCAGCAUAAGCAGCAGCAGUUUGUGAUCCAGCAGACCCAGGCUUCCCAGAGGACCCAGGGACAGCUACUGCAGACUGCCUCCAUCCAGUCCCACCUGCAGACUCCCUCCCUGGUCCCCCAGUCCCCCAGCCAAGCAGGCCCUAUCCCUGUGCUGCCCAAGCCCGCCUCUCACCACCAGCCCUCUACACCCAGCCAGCAGGCAACCAUCUUCCACUCCACCAUCAGCCCACAUGCUCUUCACUCCAGCCUGAGCCAGGCCAAAGCCCAGCCAGUGCAACUCACAGCCAUCAACCUCCAGAUACAACCAGCACUCUCACAGGUGAGUACGCAGCAAUCACAACAAGAAGUAUGGAAAUGGGAGAGGAUCACUCUCACAAUAUACAAUGCAUCAGUAAACAAAAUUCUGUAUAUCAGUAAUCUCUAAUCACUACUCAAAUAUUGUUUCACUAAACUCUCUCUCCCGCUAUUCUAUUACGGACUCUCAGGCUUCCAGAUUGGUCCAGGACAGUAAAGGACAGGAGAAGCCGACGACAUUGGUGGUCAGAGAGCGCUGCCCGACUCCCAGUGUACAGCAGCAGCCCACCCCGUUUACCCCGUCUCCACCACAAGACACCAAGCCAACAGAGCAGCCCAAGACUGACCCAGUCACGCCCAUCAGCCAACCACAAGGUAACAGGACAUUUUUUUAAAAUAAGUUAACAUGUUUUUAUCACCCCCUUUCUUAGUUAUGUUGCCUGGAGGCAGGACUGUAACUGGGGGUCUAUUGUUGUCAUAUCAUAUAUACAACCAAUUAACUGGGGGUCUAUUGUUGUCAUAUCAUAUAUACAACCAAUUUACUGGGGGUCUAUUGUUGUCAUAUCAUUUUUACAACCAAUUACAACCUUGGAGAGCCAGACCAAAGAUAAGCCGCUCUGCUAUGUUCUGCUCUCCAGGUGGGAGAUCUGUUGUCUCACUGUUUAUUGUCAGCUGUGUGCUCGUGGUUUGGGUCAGGGUGAAGAAUUUUGUCUGAUUAUCCCCAAUGGGACCAUUGAGGAGCAGUGAACACAGUGUUCCAGUCUAGGAAAGUUAAAUGAUAGAUGUGUGUGUAUCUAUCCAUCUAUCUUUUACUCAAAUGGAAAAUAAUCUGUGUUUUAUGAUGGUAGUCUUACACUCGCACACCCUCGCUCAUUCAAAAUGCUGAACAUACAGAUUAUAGUAAGAGCUUUCAUUUUUAUUGCUACUUUUCUUGUAAAAAUGAAAUAUGUAAAGCCACAAGGCUCCUUUUUAUGCUUGGGUGUGAAUGCAUAGUCUAGGCGCUCCACUUGUUCAAAAUAAACAGACAGAGUUAUCUUUGAUGUCUAAAAAUAGAGAGGCAGGCCUGCAGGACCUCUAGCUGUCUGCUUGGACCAGAUUGCAACACAUUCAGAGCCUGCUGAGUGGUUGAACAUAACCCAAAGUUGCAGAAUAGCCAACUGCUCCUGGUUUUAAUGGAGUCCCUGGUAUUUAUUGUGCAUCUUUUGACAGACAAACCAAGAAAUGUGCAGUAUAGUAUGUUGCCAUAUCAAUUGGUUUGCAAGAAUUGUCUGCUACAUUGGGUCACAGGACCUACAUUCGUAUGAAGUGGUUCCUGUAUGCCAAUAGUUGCUCAGAUAGACUUGAGACCUGUGAAUUUGCAGGGCUAAGAUGUAUAGAUUUGAAAAGAACUAGAAAUGUAUCUGUCAACAUGAGUGAAGUGUUUCUAUUUUCAUGUGUGGAAAUGUAAGAGUAUAAGAGCAGAGUACCUGUCUAUGGAGAAAAAAGAAAGGGCGGUACCUUAUUCAAGUAUUUCAUUCUUCAGCUCUGCCUGCCUCUCCCCAUUGGAGCAGAGCUGGAUCGAGCGAGUGUCUCCGCUCUGUCUUGCCUGCUUUGUACGGUUGACUGAAUUCUCGCUUUCAAGGAGAGAGGCAGGCGACAGCGCGUGUUUUUGUAUUGAAUCGGAUAAAAGCGCAAGUGAAGCAGCAGGAAUAAUUUUGGUGAGCGAAUUCUUGUUAUUUCCCUUUUGAAAUGGGACAGUUGUUUAACUUUUUCAGUACUUUUAAGAUUUUUUACAUGGUUGCAAACAGCCACUGAAGCGUCUGCUGUUUUCAUGCAUAGGCUACUACUCGUUUACGGUAUCCAUACGUGUUUUUGCUUUGGAAAUUACAAACUAGUGGGCGACCCGUCAAAAAUGAGCGCUGUUUUGGACUCGAAUUACUUUUGACAGCCAGUUGUUUUCUUUUCAUAUUUUGUUAUCGUGAUCAAUUUACAUCAGUAACUAAUACGCGUCUAGUGAGUGACAUUACAAACGCUUGGUAAUGGAAGUGGACUCCUUCGCACAUGAUUUGGCAGGUGUAUGAUAGAUACAGUAUAUGAUGCAAAUGUGCUUGAGUACUUGAACCACUUUACAGCAGAGAUCACAGUACAUACUUUUAAUAAAUAUUUUAGCAUAAUUAAAGUGAAAUUAAUCAAUUCUUAAACAUUGUGUACACAUUUUGGCCACAUAAUUGAACGUGAUGCAAUGUGUUAACUGCUGCUUUGAUUUGUCAUUGGCAGGAGUCCCUACUACCAAGAGGUUGAAUGCUGCACCUGGUACACCACCCCCAGCCAUGACCUCAGGAAAUGAGAACGAGGCACCCACUGUGACCGGCAGCACCCCCCAGAAUGGCGAGAACAAGCCACCCCAGGCCAUCGUCAAGCCCCAGGUCCUCACCCACGUCAUCGAGGGCUUUGUCAUCCAGGAGGGAGCUGAACCCUUCCCUGUAAGUGCCCUCUCCCAUGGUACUCCUUAGCAGCUACCAGUAAACAACAUGUCACCAUCUCAAGAGUCCAUUCCCACAGGGGCAUGUCCCUAUUAGCAAUACAUACAAACAAUCAACUGCACUCACUGUGCUAAGCAAUGACAAAGGGCAAUGCCUUUCUAUUGUUUAACUUCGUCAUUCAUUUUAGUAGCCUACUGUAGUACAGAAUUUGUUCCAAAGCAGUGUAUACAGAGAUGUCUGUGAAAGAAGGCACACGCAUGUUAAGACCACCUUUCCCAGUGUUAUCAUUCUGAGCAAAAUGUUGAUACACACACUUGAGUGACUUUGUAGGUGCCUGUUUUACUUAUCGAUUAAAGACUGUAUCCUAGUGGAUGUUUGCUGAACAUUUCUAAGUCUUUUCUCAGGCUUUAUUAUAGCUUAUGGACACAGCAUGGUAAGUUUACCAUUGUAUUGCUGUCAUAGCUUGGAAAGAGUGGCAUUAAUUUGUCACGAUCUGUCGUAACCAGAUUGAGCGGUUGCCUGUAAUGAUGGACAGCCCAAAGAAGCUGCAUGAGCAGCUCUCCUCUGACCCAGACAAGACCCCUGUUAGUAACCCGACCAACACCACAGACUCUGAGACAGAGGAGCUGACCCCUCAAGGUAAGAGAGUUCAUGGCUCGAGUGAUUAAAGCCAUGAUAUUUGGCUAUAAACCCCAUAAUGGACUUUAUAAAUACUAACAAUUCAGAUGUAAGAGAUGUUAUUGUUCGAUUAUUUUGAUUUGCACACAGAAUUAAAAGACCAAGAGGAUUCAGAUGCCCCCAAACUGAUCUGUGAAUUCUGUGGCUGGGUGGACUUUGCCUACAAAUUCAAGGGGUCAAAACGGUUCUGUUCCAUGGUGUGUGCGAAAAGGUAAGUCACAUUUGAUGGGCCAUUUCUAAUGAAUAUGUACAAAGAUGCUUUGAGUGGGUUAAAUCCCUCAGGGUCAGAGCUUCUCAGUAGUGUUAUCUUGGAAUGGGAGUGGCCAUAACAGCUAUUAUCCUUGUUGUUGUUGUGGAACAGGUAUAAUGUUGGGUGCACUAAGCGGAUAGGCCUCUUCCGUCCAGAGAGGAGCAAAGCAUCCAACCGCUGGCGCAGAAGGUCACACAACAGCUGCCGCCAGAGUGUCGAGCCUAAGAAGCAGGUAGGAUCCUCUCCUACUUCUCCACUGACAGGACAACUCUCCUGUGAAUUAACAUGCUCCCCUCAGUGACACCAGGGCUGACUGUCAUGGGUUUUGUGUUUCAGAAGCUAUCCCCUACACCUCAGCAGAGCAAGGGGGGUUCAGUGUCCUCCCCGCUCCCCUCCCAACCCAGCCAGGAGGAGUCCAGCCUCUGCUCUGACAUGUCCAGCUAUGAGGAGACUCCGUCACCCCUGUCAGGAGCCAGUUCAGGGCCCCCAGCACCCCAGGCGUUGUCACACCAGGCAGGGAGAGGCUCAGACCAAGAGGCCACCCAGGGCAGAGCGCUACCACUCCUCACUAAGCACUUCCUGCCCAAUAACCCCACCAAGUGGAAUGUAGAGGAAGUCUACGAGUUCAUCCACUCCCUUCCAGGUCAGUCUCAUACAAACACUACAUGACCAAAAGUAUUUGGACACCUGCUCGUCGAACAUCUCAUUCUAAAAUCAUGGGCAUUAAUAUGGACUUGGUCCCCCUUUGCUUCUAUAACAGCCUCCACUCUUCUGGGAAGCCUUUCCACUAGAUGUCGGAACAUUGCUGCGAGGACUUGCUUCCAUUCAGCCACAACAGCAUUAGUGAGGUCGGGCACUGAUGUUGGGUGAUUAGGCCUGGCUUGCAGUCGGCUUUUCAAUUCAUCCCAAAGGUGUUCGAUGGGGUUGAGGACAGGGCUCUGUGCAGGACAGUCAAGUUCUUCCACACCGAUCUCGACAAACCAUUUCUGUAUGGACCUCGUUUUGUGCACGGGGGAAUUGUCAUUCUGAAACAGGAAAGGGCCUUCCCCAAACUGUUGCCACAAAGUUGGAAACACAGAAUCAUCUAGAAUGUCAUUGUAUGCUGUAGCAUUAAGAUUUCCCUUCACUGGAACUAAGGGGCCUAGCCCAAACCAUGAAAAACAGCCCUAGACCAUUACUCCUCCUCCACCAAACUUUACAGUUGGAACUAUGCAUUGGAGCAGGUAGUGUUCUCCUGGCAUUCGCCAAACCCAGAUUCGUACAUUGGACUGCCAGAUGGUGAAGCGUGAUUCACUACUCCAGAGUCCAAUGGCGGCGAGCGCUACACCACUCCAGCCGACGCUUGGCAUUGCGCAUGGUGAUCUUAGGCUUGUGUGCUGGUGAUUUUAGGCUUGUGUGCGGCUGCUCGGCCAUGGAAACCCAUUUCAUGAAGCUCCCGACGAACAGUUAUUGUGCUGCCAUUGCUUUCAGAGGCAGUUUGGAACUCGGUAGUGAGUGUUGCUACGCGCUUCAUCACUCGGCGGUCCCGUUCUGUGAGCUUGUGUGGCCUACCACUUCGCGGCUGAGCCGUUGUUGCUUCUAGACGUUUCCACUUCACAAUAACAGCACUUACAGUUGACCGGGGAAGCUCUAGCAUGGCAGAAAUUUGACAAACUGACUUGUUGGAAAGGUGGCAUCCUAUAACUGUGCCACGUUGAAAGUCACUGAGCUCUUCAGUAAGGCCAAUGUUUGUCUAUGGAGAUUGCAUGGCGGUGUACUCGAUUUUAUACACCUGUCAGCAACGGGUGUGGCUGAAAUAGCUGAAUCCACUAAUUUGAAGGGUUGUCCACAUACUUUUGUAUAUAUAGUGCAUUUAGCUAGGCCUACACCAUAACUACAUUCUUCUGUAGGUAUGAUGUUGUGAUGAUAGUACGCUUAUUUCCCCUAUGGGGAUCAAUAAAGUUUAUUCAUUCAUCAGUGGAUUGUCUUUGAAAUUAGAUCAUUAUUUAACUGGUUCACUGUGGCUUGUUGUUCCUAGGCUGCCAGGAGAUAGCAGAUGAGUUCCGCUCGCAGGAGAUAGACGGGCAGGCCAUGCUUCUACUAAAAGAGGACCACCUUAUGAGUGCCAUGAAUAUUAAACUGGGACCUGCACUUAAGAUCUACGCACACAUCAACAUGCUCAAAGACUCUUAGCCAUGAUGGGUCGAUAUAGUGCUGGUUUGUGUGUUUGUUGUAUGUGUUUGUAUGUCUGUGUAUGGUGUGCGAAUGAGUGCAUGUGCAUAUGUCUGUCUGUGUUUGGUGGGAAGGAGUCACACUCUGGGACAAGACGAAACAUGUCGCCAUUGCACUGAUGACUACCUUACCUCUGCACUACCAUCUUUCAUCCCACCUUUGGAUUGGCUACUUCACGGUACAUUUAGUCAUGGCCUGCAAACAGAUAGAUAGACAACUGUUCAUCCCUUUGGCUGUCAAAGAGAACAGUUUACAGGAAAUUGAAUGGACUGACUGCCUUAGAAUAAUGGCACUAAUAGUGCUAAAAGCACUGCAAGGAUACCUUUGAGCCUGUUUGAAAAGAGAGAUAUGGGUAUUCAGUAUCAGUCAAAAGUUUGGACACAUACUCAUUCCAGGGUUUUUCUUUAUUUUUACUAUUUUCUACAUUGUAGAAUAAUAGUUAAGACAUCAAAACUAUUAAAUAACACAUAUGGAAUCAUGUAGUAACCAAAAAAGUGUUAAAUAUAAAAUAUAUUUUGAUUUGUUUGAGAUUCUUCAAUGUAGCCACCCUUUGCCUUUGACAGCUUUGCACACUCUUGGCAUUCUCUCAACCAGCUUCAUGAGGAAUGCUUUUCCAACAGUCUUGAAGGAGUUCCAACAUAUGCUGAGCACUUGUUGGCUGCUUUUCCUUCGCUCUGCGGUCCAACUCAUCCCAAACGAUCUCAACUGGGUUGAGGUCGGCUGAUUGUGGAGGCCAGGUCAUCUAAUGCAGCACUCCAGCACUGUCCUUCUUGGUCAAAUAGCCCUUACACAGCCUGGAGGUGUGUUUUGGGUCAUUGUCCUGUUGAGAAACAAAUGAUAGUCCCACUAAGCGCAAACCAGAUGGGAUGACGUACGCUGCAGGAUGCUGUGGUAGCCGUACUGGUUAAGUGUGCCUUGAAUUCUAAACAAAUCACUGACAGUGUCACCAGCAAAGCACACCAUCACACCACCUCCUCCAUGCUUCACGGUGGGAACCACACAUGCAGAGAUCAUCCGUUCACCUACUCUGCGUCUCACAAAGAGACGGCUGUUGGAACCAAAAAUCUCACAUUUGGACUCAUCAGACCAAAGGACAUAUUUCCACUGGUCUAAUGUCCAUUGCUCGUGUUUCUUGGCCCAAGCAAGUCUCUUCUUCUUAUUGGUGUCCUUUAGUAGUGGUUUCUUUGCAGCAAUUAGAACAUGAAGGCCUGAUUCACGCAGUCUCCUCUGAACAGUUGAUUUUGAGAUGUGUCUGUUACUUGAACUCUGAAGCAUUUAUUUGGGCUGCAAUCUGAGGUGCAGUUAACUAUAAUGAACUUAUCCUCUGCAGCAGAGGUCUGGGUCUUCCAUUCCUGUGGCGGUCCUCAUGAGAGCCAGUUUCAUCAUAGCGCUUGAUGGUUUUUGCGACUGCACUAGAAGAAACUUUCAAAGUUCUUGAAAUGUUCCGCAUUGACUGACCUUCAUGUCUUAAAGUAAUGAUGGACUGUGGUUUCUCUUUGCUUCUUUGAGCAGUUUUGCCAUAAUAUGGACUUGGUCUUUUACCAAAUAGGGCUGUCUUCUGUAUACCACCCCUACCUUGUCACGUCACAACACAACUGAUUGGUUCAAAUGCAUUAAGAAGGAAAGAAAUUCCACAAAUUAACUUUUAAGAAGGCACACCUGUUAAUUGAAAUGUAUUCCACGUGACUACAUCAUGAAGCUGGUUGAGAGAAUGCCAAGAGUGUGCAAAGCUGUCAUCAAGGCAAAGGGUGGCUACUUUGAAGAAUCUCAAAUAUAAAAUAUAUUUUGAUUUGUUUAACACUUUUAUUGGUUACUACAUAAUUCCAUAUGCGUUAUUUCAUAGUUUUGAUGUCUUCACUAUUAUUCUACAAUGUAGAAACUAGUACAAAUAAAGAAAAACCCUUGAAUGAGUAGGUGUGUUCAAACUUUUGACUGGUACGUUAUAUGAAAUACUUUCUCCUGAAAUAUAAAUCUGAAUUUAAUUAUAAUCGACUGCAUACGUAGUAUGUUUCUUUUGGUGCUGAUCUGAUGUUAUUGACAGCCAUACAUGUACUUUGUGUGUCCUGGGACAAAUGAAAGCUGUCACCAGUCUGAGUCUUAUCCAACAGAUGCUAAGCUCCAUUUCGUAAUGAUCACCAACUAUACACAUACACUGCAUGGCAUUUGACUGUGCUCAGAGCAGUUUACGCUAUUGCUUGAUUUUGGUUUGUGACAUUGAUUUUGGUUUCAUGUACAAAAUCGUACUUUCCCUGUACAUUGUACUGGCUUAGAAGACACUAAACCUUUUUCCAAACGUGAUUUACCAAGACAUCAUGCCAUACUUUAUUUAUUCCUGGGUCAGAUUUCACAUCCUGUGAGGUCUUCUAUGACUGUAGGUCUUCUUGACCCAUACGAUCUAUGGGUUGACCCCAGGGCUGAAAAGACCCAACUCAAGGAACUCACUGUGGACAUUCACCAUCAUAUCUCUUACUCCACUAGCCCUUAAAAUGAUUGGUUCUAUUCUCUUUAGUUUUAAUUAAAACAACCAAAAUGACUUGAUUUGGCCUGAAAUUCAAAAGUUAGGUUUAGUUUGAGUUGUCGAGCUAUUUUGCUCCUGGGAAAGACUGUUAGUUCUGUAGGAGUCUAAAGCUACCUGUAAGGAAUUACAUGCCUGCAUUUGCUUUUUAAGUUAUCCAUAAUUGUUAUAUGAAAAUUAAGUAUUUAGAAAUAUGCAAACAUGUAAAUAUCAUGGCUCGAGGGAGGUGUCUUUUUAGUGUUUUUAUAAAAAUCUUGUUUACUUGUGCUUGUCAUGUAAAUGAAUGGUCAAUUGUGUUUUUAAUUAUUUGUUUGAGUACUUUGUCAAAUGCCUGUAUUUAUCAAAUAACUGAAUUUGUUACGCAACAUUUUUCAAUGAUAAAUAAUCUGCAACAUAA